UUCAAAAAGCGUAUCAUUUUUCACUUACCAUUUUCCUUUUUCCUUUGAACCCAAAGGGCGGCAGCUCAGAUCAUCUUUCUCUGGUUUUCCUUUUGCUUUUGCGCAGCUGGUGAUACAAGAUGGCAGAUGGUGAGGAUAUUCAACCACUUGUCUGUGACAAUGGAACUGGAAUGGUCAAGGCUGGAUUUGCUGGUGAUGAUGCUCCAAGGGCUGUGUUCCCCAGCAUUGUGGGUCGUCCACGUCACACAGGUGUGAUGGUUGGCAUGGGUCAGAAAGAUGCAUAUGUUGGGGAUGAGGCUCAGUCCAAACGUGGUAUUCUUACUCUUAAAUAUCCAAUUGAACAUGGUAUUGUUAGCAACUGGGAUGAUAUGGAAAAGAUCUGGCAUCAUACCUUCUACAAUGAACUCCGUGUGGCUCCAGAAGAACACCCAGUUCUUCUCACUGAGGCACCUCUCAACCCGAAAGCCAAUCGGGAGAAAAUGACCCAAAUCAUGUUUGAGACCUUCAAUGCUCCAGCCAUGUAUGUUGCUAUCCAGGCUGUUCUCUCCCUCUAUGCCAGUGGUCGUACAACUGGUAUUGUUCUGGACUCUGGAGAUGGUGUGAGUCAUACUGUCCCCAUUUAUGAAGGAUAUGCCCUCCCUCAUGCCAUCCUCCGUCUUGAUCUAGCUGGUCGUGACCUUACUGAUGCCCUUAUGAAAAUCUUGACUGAGCGUGGUUAUUCAUUCACCACUACAGCUGAGCGUGAAAUUGUGAGGGACAUGAAAGAGAAGCUGGCAUAUAUUGCACUUGACUACGAGCAAGAGCUUGAAACUUCUAAAACUAGUUCUUCCGUUGAGAAGAGUUAUGAGUUGCCUGAUGGCCAGGUGAUCACCAUUGGUGCUGAGCGUUUCCGAUGCCCAGAAGUCCUUUUCCAGCCUUCCAUGAUUGGAAUGGAAGCUUCUGGCAUUCAUGAAACCACAUACAAUUCUAUCAUGAAGUGUGAUGUUGAUAUCAGGAAGGAUUUGUAUGGAAACAUUGUUCUCAGUGGUGGAACUACCAUGUUCCCAGGAAUUGCUGACAGAAUGAGCAAGGAAAUCACUGCCUUGGCCCCAAGCAGCAUGAAAAUUAAGGUGGUGGCUCCACCUGAAAGGAAAUACAGUGUCUGGAUUGGAGGCUCCAUCCUAGCAUCUCUCAGCACUUUCCAGCAGAUGUGGAUUGCUAAGGCAGAGUAUGAUGAAUCUGGCCCAUCUAUUGUGCACAGGAAGUGCUUCUAAUUCUUCAGAGUGCAAGAGGCGUAAAGUCUUGUUUUUUGGCAAACCAAUUUCAGCUUGCAAGUUUUUGAUCUAUGCCGGUUCUCAUAAAUUUAUUUUGUUUUCUAUUUCCAUUAUUUUCUUAAUGUUCAUAUUGUUGAAAAGUGAACUAAGAACGGUGGUGAUGAUGAUAGAGUUCAAAUUCAUUCGUUUUUAUUUCCCUUUAGCAGUUCUUGAACGAUUUUCAGGCAAUGCCAUCCAAAACUCUUUGUGAUUAUUGUCAAUUCUCUAGCUGUUCCAUUCUCUCCCAUAUUCGACCCAACGAGACAAAACUUGGCUCGGAUAGGUUGUUUUAAAAACAAUCCAAGGUCCAAUAAAGGAACCCAGCAUGAAAGUGAUUCAACUAAAAAAUCUCUUGGGUCCAAAAGGAACCCCAAAGAUCAGCUGACCCAACCCACGAGCUUUUCUAUGCAUCCUCUUACAAACCCGUCCAAGAAAUAGUGUUUAAAUCAGCUUGACAGGCCAAGAUUCCAUGCCUAGCAGCGAAGGAAACGCUUGGGAUAGCUAAAAUUUUUAAGCGCUCAGGGAUUGAAAAUAUUUGGCUAGAAAUUUAAUUAAAAAUGACAGGUUUUAAUGGCUGAUGAGGCAUCCGCCAGACUCCCCCAACGCCAAUAUUGCAUUUACUCUCAAUUCCAAAGUAGUUAGCAGUUAUGAGCAAUUAUGAGCAAUUUUUAGCCAAGUAGGGUCCUGUUACACCUCAUCCCAGGGCGGUCAUUUUGCUACGUGGAGUGAGCCACUGACAUGAAUCACAAGGGUUACUGAAAAGGAAGGUUUUUCUUCUUGUUCUGCACAGGGUUUUAAUCAAUUCUUCAGCUGACAAGAAAAAUGGACUCCCUCUAAACUUUACUUCAUUUAAUGGGGUGUGUUUAGUUGUGCUUUGUGUCGGUGUAGGUUCAUUGAUGAUCUUCCCCUAGACAAGAAACUGCUCUAUCAUUAAAUGAGCAAAAAGGGUCAGCACUUGACAUUGGCUGCUGCUUGAAAUAAUAAUACAAGUUUAAUCAAUUUCCUUCUGGUUCUGGCUGCUGACUUUGAAGACAAUGAUCUGCAGACUGCAGAACUUUAAUUUGAAAUGAUCAUUUUUACCUUUAACAUGUUAGUUUCAAAUGAAAUUACAAAUGGGCAAAUACUAUCUGGUACCUAAUGACGAUGGUUAAGGUGUUAUUUUGAAUAUCUUCAGUACUGUAAAGGCAUGAGAAAGGCUUUAACAGCUUUUGCUGAUAAGCCAAAGCAUUCGGGUUGAAGAAGACAAGAAAAUGAAGAAAGUUGGAGAUGUUCUGAACAUUUGAGUUUGUGCAGAUUAUCAAUGGCUUUGAUGUAGGACAAAUCAGUUUCAAUAGCUUCUCAGUUAGAUUCUCCAGAGAAGUGUUCAUUCAUCAGGGGGAAUAUUGC